AUGACAGGACAGGCAUUUAGAAAAUUUCUUCCGCUCUUUGACCAUGUAUUAGUUGAAAGGAGUGAGGCUGAGACUGUAACCAAAGGAGGGAUUAUGCUUCCAGAAAAAUCUCAAGGCGAGGUGUUGCAAGCUCCAGUGGUUCCUGUUGGUUCGGGCUCCAAAGGGAAGAGUGGAGAGAUUCAGCCUGUUAGUAUAAAAAUUGGAGUCAGAGUUCUAUCAGGCACCAAAGUGGUUCUAAAUGACAAGAAUUAUUUCUUGUUUUGA